AUGCCCAACCUCCAUUCCCUCCCUAACGAACUCAUCCUAUCCAUCGCAUCCCAUGUCCCUCCCCCAGCCCUCCACAGCCUCGCCCUCACAAACCGCCGCCUACAUGCCCUCACCCUCUCUUCCUUGUACUUCUCCUUCUCCUCCCAGUACCGCAACUUCUCGCCCCAAAAUGCAGCCCUUCUACUCCGCACCGUCGCGUCCUCCGCCCGCAAAGCCAACUUCGUCAAGCACAUCCACUGGGCCGCAGAUGUCUAUGUCGCGUCCCAGCCGCGCUCGCACACGCCGGCAGUGCGAGACUUUGUGCAGCGUCGCGAGCGCUUCGCCAGCCUGGCUCCCGACCGACUACUAGAGGCAGUGUGCCGCGCAGGCGAAUACGAGCCGACCAGUGUCCCCAUGAGCGAACGCUGGUUUCUCGAAUUCUUCCUGUCGUUUGUGCCGGGCGUGACGGAGCUUCAGGUCGGUGGCGCGUGGCUGUGGGACGACGACGUGUACUGGUUCACGAGCGGGGGUUUCAGGUUUGAGAAAGUGGUUUUGAAGGGCCCGCUGCGCGUCGAGAAUGUUGUGCCGUUGCUGCAACUCCCGACGCUCAGGGUCUUGUGGCUCACCGAGGUGGUCGAAUUGCGGCGUGAAUCAGGCGUGGUGUUUCCGUGGGAGAAGGCGGAGACGAGGAUUGAAUAUCCUGCGGGGACGUGUAGAGUAGAGGACUUGUCGAUGAGUGAGUCGUAUAUAUCGAGUGAGAAGUUGGUCAAGGUGCUGGACGCGAUCACGGCGUUGAGAUGCUUCAAGUAUGAUCAUCAGGAGACUGAGUUGGUAGCGGAAGACGAGGAGGGCGCUGGAGAGACAUAA